ACAUAAGCCUGAUUGGUCACAGAGGGGUUGAAAGUAACACGCCCUAUUCAAAGGCGAACAAUUUACAUGUGAUAUCAAGGAAGUAUACUCGACUAUACGGAUGUAUGAAAUGAUCUGUUUAUAUGAUAGUUCAAUGCUGACAGCCACCGAGCUAACUCCUAACAUGGACAAUAGCUGAGUGAGUGCACUUAAUUAAUUGUGUUCAACAUUAACCACACAUCUGGAGUCAUGUUUGAAUUACUGUAACUUGUACAGAGGUAUAAGCUACAGUUCUGAAAGUGUUACUUUCAUUAAUUAAAGUACAAGUUUAUAGAAACUUUAAACAUGCAAUCAGUGGUAUUAUUGUUCGGUUUCAUUUUUGUGUUGUAUGUUCAGUCAGUUUCGUCAUUUCGUAUCGGAGCGUUUAAUGUACAGAUCUUCGGAAAAUCAAAGAUGAGCAAGCCAGAAGUCGUUAACGUCCUAGUCGAGAUCAUCUCACGUUAUGACAUCAUACUUAUACAGGAAAUACGUGAUGCAAGCGAAGAGGCUAUCUAUAAACUGCUGGAGCUCGUUAACGAGAACGAUCCAGGUGGAAACUUUGCCAUGCAGCUGAGUCCACGACUAGGGCGCACAAACAGUAAGGAGCAAUAUGCUUUCCUAUAUAGAGAGAGUAAUGGAAUACAUAUCCAGGGAGUUUACGUUUACGACGAUGGCAACGAAACAUUGAGUACAGUCAACAACACCGUGGACACAUUUGAAAGAGAACCUUACGUCAUAUGGUUUAGCUCCGACAGAACCGCUCUGAAGGAGUUUGUCCUUAUUGGCGUCCAUGUGGCACCUGGGAAUGCAGUCGCAGAAAUAAACCACCUGCAGGAUGUCUUCACUGAUGCUAAACAAAGAUGGAACAUCGACGAUAUAGUCGUAAUGGGGGACUUGAAUGCUGACUGUUCGUACGUGCCACAAAAAUAUUGGGCUAAUAUUCCGCUAAAGCACGAUCCUUCCUACUUGUGGCUUAUUCCCGACGACGACGACACGACUGUAUCAGACUCUGACUGUGCUUACGACAGAUUUAUCAUGACUGGUGAACAGUUUAUCGAAAACCAUGUGAACGGGAGUGCCACAGUUUUCCGGUACGAUAUUGAGUAUGGGCUCAACGAAUCUCUUUCAUCCGCCGUUAGUGAUCAUUAUCCGAUUGACUUUUUACUUAAAGAAAAGAAGAUCUCCAGCGAUGGGGCAAGUCUUAUGGGAACACAUGUGAACUAUUUGUUCACUGCGCUAAUUCUUAUUUAUUUUAAAUUUUAUUAAAUGUGGUUUACUUGUUCCAAUAGCGUUUUAGCCUAUUGCCGGGUGAUGUCGGUGUCUACUCUUGUUUGAGGUCCUACUGAAAUGUUGUGUUUGGUUUACUUCAUGUUCAAUAGCGUUUUAGCCUAUUGGGUGAUGUUGGUGUCUACUUCUACUGAAAUGUUGUGUUUGGGCCUGAAUCAGGAGUAUAUUUGUGAUAUUUAUAGUAAACAUAUCGAAUAAAACUGUACAUUGUCAA